CUCCUAUCGACCGGCGGCGGAGGAGCAUUGCUGCGAGUGGGCGGAGCCAGCGCUAUAUGUCAGAAGCUGCGUGGCUCCUUCACGCCGUGGCGAACAAGACGAGCCGGAACAAAGGACUCCCGUUGUUGUUCCAGUGCGCUCUGAUCACACCCUCUGUCGAAAUGAGCCCUAUUAGCGCGGUGCUGGCACGCUCCUGGGAGAAGAGGCAGAGGCGUCUCCAGUCCGCCUCCUUUUCCAGACGGGCACCGGCGCUCAUAAGCGUUCAUUGUUUUGAAGGUUCGGCGCGGCUUAUUUGUUGAAGGGGGGGGGGUUGCUGUGGAUACGCGCGACAGGGAGAGAGUCUGCUGCAGAGAAGGCGCCGCGACACAGCAGAUGAAGUUGAAGAGGGCUGAGCAAAUAAGACGUUGACGCCAAAAAAAACAAACAAACAAAAAAAAAUCCCCGCCGCCCGGAUUCUGUGCGCAAGUGUCAAGGAUCAGCCCCGAGCAUCCCAGGUCAUGUGACUUCCCGGGGAGGCUGGUACCCUUUUUUCUCCCUUGACUGCACCACCAAGCAACGCCUGGAUGAGAAAAAGAGAUGCGGGCGACAGUAAUCCUGGUGCAGGUAAACCCAGGUGAGGCCUUCACUAUUCGACGAGAGGAUGGUCAGUUUCAAUGUAUCACAGGUCCUGCUCAGGUUCCCAUGAUGUCUCCAAAUGGUUCAGUGCCUCCAAUCUAUGUGCCUCCUGGAUACAUUUCACAGAUCAUAGAAGAGAAUGGAGUGCGGCGGGUUCUGGUUUUGCCGCAGCAACCGGAGUUUCACCCAGGCGGCCACUCCCCUCUCCACCAUCCUCCGCCACCGCCCCACCCCCACCUGCCUGCCUUCAUCCCGCACCAGGCCAUGAUGCCCCCGCCGCCCCACCUCUACACGAGCAUGGCGGGCGGCGGCGACAUGGGCUCGCAGUACAUCUCCCAAUAUCACCCGGCUCACAUCUACUCAGAGCAGGUCUCUGCAGAUUCCCAUUCCCAACAUGGACGGCCGGCCUUUGUCCACAGGGACGACAGAACCAGCAAAACGUACGAGCGUCUGCAGAAGAAGCUGAAGGAACGCCAGGGAGGCGGAGGAGGGCAGGUGAGAGACAGCCCCCCGCCUUCGCCGCUCAAGACCCGCCGCAGCCCCCCGCCGCUGGACGUCCACAAUGGCGUGGGAGGAAAAGUGCCCGAGGCGGAGCAGGGUCAGCCUGGCCAGGCGGCGGACAAGCAGACGGACAGAGAGCUGGAUGCAGCAGCUCAGGCCCUGCAGGCGCUGUUGAGCACCAUCAGUAAGCCGGCGGUGUCAGACAUCCAGGCCAGAGGGGCAGCAGUGAGCUGGAGUACGCCCACCGGGCCCGAGAGCAACGACGGCAGCACCGAGGACGACCACACCCCUCCGGGGCCCCUCAGCUACGAGGUGUCGGUGUCCUUCAGCAGCAAGGAUGGGAAGUACAAGAGCAUGUACUGUGGCGAAGAACUAAGUGCGACUUUGGACGACCUUCGACCGGCGACGGACUAUCAUGUCAGGGUGCAGGCCAUGUCCAACUGUUUACAGGGAAACCCCUCGGAGGCCGUCAGCUUCACCACAUCCAGCUGUGAGCCGGAGCCUCCCAAUCCACCCAGGAAAGCCAGCGGGACCAAGAACACACUGGUGCUCCAGUGGAAGGCCCCAUGUGACAACGGUUCCAAGGUCCAGAACUACAUUCUUCAAUGGGAUGAGGGCAAAGGUUCGGGCGUGUUUGAGCAGUGCUACUACGGACCUCAGAAGCAGUACAGACUGACCAAACUCUCACCAGCCUCAAGAUACUCCUUCCGCCUUGCAGCCAAAAAUGACAUGGGUGCCAGUGAGUUCAGUGAAGUGGUGGACCUGUUCACCUCAUGCAGUGUGCCAUUGCCGCCCUUCCCCCCAGAGCUGGAGAUGGCGGGGGUGACCUGGCUGUGUCUGAGGUGGCAGCGGCCCAACAGCUCGCCCAAGGAGGACGAGGUCUACUACGUGUUGGAGAUGGAGGAGGAAGGCUCGGGUUACGGCUUCCAGGCCAGCUACGACGGCGAUGACCUCUCCUGCACGGUCAGGAACCUCCACAGGAGUACCAAGUACAAGUUCCGGGUGGCGGCUUACAACUCUGAAGGCAAAAGUAACCCCAGCCCGGUGGUGGAGUUCAUCACCAAACCAGACAGGCCCAGCUAUCCCUCCAGGCCCGUCAUCAAGGGGAAGGUUCUACCCACCACUUUCAAGUUGGCCUGGGAUCCCCCAAAAGAGAGCGGAGGAGCCGAAGUGACAAAGUACGUCGUCGAGCUGUCCGAGGGUUUAAGCGGUUUGUCCUGGGAGCUGGUGUAUUCCGGCCCCGCCUUGGAGUGCGUGUGCGACGGCCUGAAGCCCGGCUGCUGCUACCAGACCAGAGUGUACUGCAUGAGCGAGGGGGGGCAGAGCCCGCUGUCGGAGACCCUGCAGGUCCAGACUCCCGCGGUGCCACCUGGGCCCUGCCAACCCCCCCGACUGGUGGGCAAGCCCAAAGCCCGAGAAGUGCAACUGCGCUGGGGCCCACCGCAGGUGGACGGCGGCAGCCCCGUGUCCUGCUACAGCGUGGAACUGAGUGGGCCUCAGCCGGAGGACAGCAGGGAGGUCUACCAGGGUCCAGAGCCGGACUGCUUUGUGGGAGGCUUGAUGCCCGGGAGGAGCUACGCAGUCCAGCUCAAGGCGGGAAACAAGGCGGGGUUUGGACCUCUUUCUGAGCGCUACGACUUUACCACCGGAGCCGGGGCCCCAGAACAGUGCAAGGCGCCUUCCACCGCGUGCAAGUCGCCCAGCUGUGUCGUGGUCAGCUGGGAGAGUCCGCCCUGCAACGGCGCUCCAGUGACCGAGUUUCGCCUGGAGUGGGGGGCCCCUGAGGGCAGCAUGCAGGUGUGCUACAGCGGGCCGGCCCUCAGCCACGAGGUGAAGGGUCUGCUGCCUGCGAGCAACUACUUCUGCAGGGUACAGGCUAUGAACGCGGCUGGCGUGGGGCCCUUCAGCGAGGCGCUCCUGUGCCAGACCCCCUGCUCCGUGCCGGCCGCCGUCGGCAACAUCUACGCCAUGAGGGAGUCGGAGCUGACGAGGCACAAGGCCGCGGACGAGGCAGAGGACGAGGAGGACGGCAGCGCCGGGCCUCCGUACUCGCCGUCCACCUGCUUGGGAAUUUGCUGGGAUCCCCCCUGCGACCACGGUGCCGAGAUCACGUCCUACCUGGUCGACCUGGGCGAGCGCCAGCCCAUCGUGGUCGGCCGCGUCAGCAAACACGUCAUCCAGCACCUGCAGCCUGACACCAGCUACAGGAUCCGCAUCCAGGCCUUGAACAGCUUGGGAGCGGGCCCCUUUAGUCACACCUUUAAGCUGAAGACCAAGCCCCUGCCCCCUCAGCCGCCCCGCCUGGAGUGCACCGCCUUCAGCCACCAGACCCUCAGGCUCAAGUGGGGCGACGGUCCAGCCAAAGCCGCUGCCUCCGACGCCCUCCAGUAUCAGCUGCAGAUGGAGGACAAGAAUGGCAGAUUCCUAUCCUUGUACAAAGGAACCUGCCACACACACAAAGUCCAGAGGCUUAAUGAGUCUACCUCUUACGCGUUCCGCAUCCAGGCCUUUAACGAGGCGGGCGAAGGGCCCUUCUCCAGUGUUUACACCUUCACCACCCCUCGCUCUCCUCCUGCCCCUCUCAAAGCCCCCAAGGUGGAGCGUCUGGAUGACAACUCCUGUGAGGUCACCUGGGAGGCCUUGUCGCCCAUGAAGGGAGACCCCAUCAUCUACACCUUGCAGUCCAUGGUGGGCAACUCUGAGUUCAAGCAGGCCUACAAAGGUUCCGGCACGUCCUUCACGGUUCCGCACCUGCACGCCAACAGCGACUACCGCUUCCGGGUUUGCGCCCUCCGGCAGUGCCAGGACGCCCCCGAGCUGAGCGGCCCCUACAGCCCCACGGUGACCCUCCCUGUCCAGCGCUGCGAGGCGGCGCCGGGCGGCCCGGCGGCCUCGUCCUCCCCUCGGACCGAGUCGGGCCGGGCCAGACGCAGCUUGACGGACGAGCAGUGCGCCUUCCUCCUCCUCAUGGUGUUCGCCGUCAUCGCCAUCCUCAUCGCGUUCGUCAUCCAGUACUUUGUCAUCAAGUCUCGGGGGGCGGGGCUUUGGGAGUGAUUAGUGCCUGUGAUCACUUCCUGUCUCAGGCCCCGCCCUCUUCUCGCUCGCCCACUGGUGUGCGAAAGGGGGCGGGGCCACAUAGUGAUACAGAAUUGAUGCGCAUAGAAGGAAAAAGUCCUUAUAUUUGCAGCAGUUUUUCAUCGUGUUCAUUUGUGUCUUUUUUUAACAAAGCUUUCAUUUAUGGAACUGAACUUUUUUGCCUUUAAAUUUUGUGAACUUAAUUUUUUUUUACAACAAAUUAUGCUGACAAAAUAAUUGAAUAAAAAAAUGAAUUCAGUUUGUUAAAAUACGGUGUGUAAAAAUUUAGUUUAAAAACAAUCAUUGUGAAAAAAUAUUUCAGCAUAAAAAUUUGACAGGUAAGCAGAAGAGUUGGGCACUGUAUUAAAAUUCAGUGUAUAAUAAUUUAGUGUAUAAAAAUUUAGUGUAUAAAAAUUAUUUGUGUAAAAAAUCAGUGUGAAAAAAAUCAGUAUAAAAAUUCAGUGUAAAAAAAAAAAAUCAGUGUAUGACAAUUUUGUGUAAAAAAAUCAGUGUAUAAAAAAUGUGUACAAAAAGUCAGUGUUAAAAAAUUACGUGUAUAAAAAUUCCAUCCAUCCAUUUUCUACCGCUUUGCCCCUUUCGGAGACACGGAGGGGCUUAGACCAAUUCCAGCUACACUCGGGCGGAAGGUAGCAUAAAAAAAGUUUGAUGUGUAAAAAUUCACUGUGAAAAAAUUCAGCGUAAAAAAAUCAGUAUCAGUGUAUUCAAAUUCAGCACAAAUUCAGUGUAUAAAAAAUCAGCGUAAAAAAUCAGUAUAGCAGUGUAUUAAAAUUGAGCAUGAAAUAAUCGGUGUAUAAAAAAUUCAGCGUAUAAAAUUCACUGUAUAAAAAUUCAGCGUAAACAAAUCUGUAUAU